AUGUUUGCUGAAUCAAAUAAUGCGGAGCCGAUCAGAGAAUACGGCGAAUCUAACACCGUGACUUCUCAAGAUAAUAAUGGUAAAGAGCAGGAAAUGCAGAUUGGAUAUCCCACAGAUGUAAAGCAUGUUGCUCACAUUGGAUGGGAAGGUCCAUCCGUGGUACAUUCACCAACUUGGAUGGAUGAGUUUAGGCAAGAACCUUUUUCAUCGGCGCCAUUAAGUAUCAAUGGAGAUACUAAUGAAAGCAACUGCAAAGACGCUUCUUCCAAAGAUUUACAUGGGACUGGUGCUGGAAUUGAUGGAUCAACAGAUAUCCCCUCAUUAUUGGACUCUCCAAACAAAGACCAAUCGAAGCAAACAAGGCGUCACCAAUCCCUCACCACCGUCACCGGCGAUGUCAAAGAGAGUUCAUCCCGAUCAUCAUCGAGGCGAUCUCAGAACAUAGGUCUCAGUAUGGAUUCAUCCUUGCAAGACCAGACAACUGACCCUAAAAAAUCCCGUCGUAAGAAAACCAAGGGAAUAUCAAAUGGUGGAUCAACUAGACCUUCUAGAUCCAAACCUCAAUCUUCUAACACAACUUAUACUUCUCCCUUCUCUGAUCCUGGGUCUGGUACUGUAUGUGAUUUGACCAAUGGAAUUUGUCCAACUUCACCAUUAAAAUCCAUGGGAAUUCAGGAAGGUGACAAAGGGAAUCAAGGAAUUUCUUGA